AUGAAUAGCAAACAAUAUUUAAAUUAUGCAAAUACAAAAGACACAGAAUGGAGUGUAGAUGAAAAUGAAAAAUUAAAAUUAGCAAUUAAUUUAUAUGGAAAUUUAAAUAAAGAAAGAUGCGAACAUCUUCAUCUCCAUGUUCUCCCAUAUAAAACUUCAAACGAAAUUCAAAAGAAAUAUUAUGAACUAUUAAAAGAAAGAGAAUCAAGAAACAAUGUAACUUCACCACAAAUGAAACAUUCUCAUAAUAACAAUAGCAAUAAUUUAUAUUAUAAAACCAAUACCUCACCCAACAUUAAAAUCUACAGUUCCAUUAAUGGAAGAAAGAGAUAGAAGUCAAUCCCCAAUGUA